AUGAAUAAUUUGUCAUCGUUUCUACUAUUAUUACUAUUAAUUCUAUUAUUUUGUUUUAAAUCACUUGAAAAUAGUGACAAAAAUUUACUUGAUUCUUUAAAUAUAGAGAAUGUUCCAGUACCAGUAGCAUUGAAUGAUGAAGAAGAUAAACAUAUUAUAGAAAAAAGACAACGUCGUAGUAGAAGACAAAGAAGAGCAUCAAGACAAAGAAGGCAACUUCUUGCUUCUUUAUCUGCUAUAAGUGCUCAAAUAAGUGUAUUAGGCUAA